GAUGGAUACAGAUCAAAAUACAACAUACACUGAGGUUGAAGAUGCAGUUACUGAUGCAUUAAGGAAAAGCACAGCUCUGAAAGUAGAUCCCAAUAGCACUUCUGUGCAAGCAAUCCCUCUUUGUGAGUUGGGAAAUAAUUAUUGUUCUAAGUAUGCCAGCUGUCUAUCAAAUGGAGAAACAUCUUUAUGUCAAUGUAGGCCAGGAUUUAAAGAUCCAAAUCCUAUGGUGCCAGGCAAAACAUGCAAAGACAUAGAUGAAUGUUCUAAUAAAACGGAUGACUGUUCCUAUUUGGCUUCAUGUAUCAACACCAUAGGCAGUUAUGAAUGUCAAUGUUAUCCAGGCAUGAAAGAUAUGAAUCUAACAAAUCCUGGAAGAAUGUGUCAAGAUCCCACCAUGUGUUUCAACAGGACUGAUUUUUGCUCACUACCUACAAAUGAGUGCCUUGACACACAAUAUUACAUCUGUUCAAGCAAACAAGCGUUUGCUUGCCGUAUUUUAUUCAAAAACUGGAACUUCAUAUUUCCUGAUCUUUAUAACUCUGAAAGUGAGACCUAUAGGAAUCUGUCUGGUAGGAUGAGAAAAACGGUUGUUAAAGGAAUGGCAAGUAAGCUUGGAGUUGGCAACUUUAAUAUCAUAAUGGUUGGAUAUCAAAAUGGAAGUUUGAUUGCAUAUUUUGUACUUCUGAUACACGGACCACACUUCAUUGAAACAAGAAGGCUUGCAGCAGAUUUAACAGAGGUGAUACAAACAAUGCUUGAUAACCAGACUGAAGUAACCGUCCAAGCCCUGGGCAAAGUUCAGGAUCGGCCUCCAGACUCACAGCCAGGGCCCCCUGUCACCACCUCUCUGUGGGGGCCAACCCCUUGCUGGGCCCAGCCCAACCCCAAACAAGAGGCAGACUCCACAGCUGCCAUGAGCCGGAUGGAAGCGAGCAGCCAUCACUGCAGCAAGCGGAUGCCCUAA